AUGCGAUCCGUCACCGCUUUUCUCGCUACAACUGCUAUUGCAAUCGCCGUUGUAAAUGGAGCCACGCCUGCCCGCAGAGGACAGCUCUAUGUCUGCCAAGAUCCUGACUUCACAACAUGCCUUAACGUCACUUAUAACCAAGAUGAAUGCACUCCACUUAACGAAAGUGGAUUGGACAAUGUCAUGACCGGUUUCAAUACUUACGACUACGGAUGCGAGUUUUACGGGGACGUGGAGCAGCGGCUACCCAUACGCACUGGUGGAGCGAAAGUGGCUACGCGCCCGUCAUCUCUCCCUCCUCCUCCUCCAUCUUCAUCUCCAUCUCCGUCUCCCUCUCAGUCUCUGCCUCCCUCUCCAUCCCCUUCUCCCUCUCUUUCUCCGACACGACCUCCUUCACCGCGACCGCCGCCAUUCUCCUCGCUCUACGCUUCUACCGAACAAGCUGUCGAAGCCUAUAACGCAGCGGUCACUGAAGCCGGCGCUGCUGCACCGGUCCCGGCGUACUCGCCCGCUGCUGCUCGAGGAUCCCACGAGCCGCCCUCCGCAUCUUCCGAGGACGUUGUCGCGCAAACCAAGAGCUGCCUCCUGCAGGAUACAAAGGGGGAAUCUUCCAAGAAGGACGACGACAGCGAGCCUCCGCCAGCAUACACCGAAGGCUCUAGCCCCCUCGAUUCGUUCACAUACCUGAUGGCAGCCGCAGGAGGCGCUGCGAGUAUCCUUACUCAGGUGCAGCAGAGUGGUCCAGCACCAAUCAAUACUCUUGGAGAUGUUGGUGCCGACGAAAAUAUCACAAUGGACCUGCGGGGCCAACGGUUCACGCUUUCGCGAGAUGAACUCCUCACCCUCCCAGAAUUCGUCCUUCUCUCGCUCUUCCCCAACGGUCUGCUCCCGGAUGGGCACCUGAACACCUACCACGAGGGCGACGCUUUUCAGGUUGAUUAUGAUCCGGCAUCCUUACAAUACAUGCUGGAUUUCUUCCGAAAUGUCGCGCAAACCAUUCCCUCUGGGCCGAAUUCGCCCACUGUUGGCCCCGAAGCUGACGCCGUCCCGAUAGAACCAAUGUCAGGGUCCGCACGAGAGAUGUUGCAGGACCGAGCAGGAAUAAUCGUGUUGAGGGAAGACCUGGAUUUCUACGUUAUACCCCCUCAAGCAAACAUUACGCAACCAGAGAUGAUUGAGGUCAAGAGAGCAGCUGGGAAGGCAUUGCUGAAGCAGGACGGAAUAUUUUCUGGGUUGAGGAGGAGUGAGGAGACUGGAACGACCGAGCAACACUUGAUCGAGAUGUUGACGGCUGGAGGAUUCGAUCAUGACGACCACUGGGGCCACCGAGCCAACGAGCCGAACAAGGCAGUCAUCUGCAGUCUCGCCCUCGCAAGAUUACGGACGGACAUCCGGGGUGGUGAUGCGGGGAGCAACGCUGUUGGGAUGGCUCAGAAGCUUCUGCUCUUCUGGAGAAAACCAGCUCGGAGAUGUUGGUGGGAGGGUGUCGAGCUUGAGAACGUAGAUGGCGUGGACGGAAAGCUCAAAGUAUGGAUCCGCAGAGUUUGGACCCUCGAAAUGAGUGUAAUCGGGCUGAGAUAG